ACGGACGGACGAGAUAUUCUCAGAGUCAGACCAAAAAAUUGGUUGUACUUGUUGGUAAGUAUAAAAUUAGGGUUUUGAGGAAAUGAUAGUUUUGGAAUUUGAUUGAAGGAAAUGACAUGGACAUGGAGGUUGAGAUUGAGAUCACAAACACUGACUUGUGUUUUGUGUUUGUGUCGCCAUUCAUCUUGUUGGCAAUUUCCCUUUCCCCAGAAAACGAAAACGAAAACGAAAACGAAAACGAAAACGAAAAGGGUUUUGAACAGUGAUAGUGUGGAUUCCACUUUGUCUAGGUGCCCAUCUGAUUUGAUUGCUCUUUCAUUGUUCUUGUGGUCUGGCCAACGGCACGAUCAAUUUCAGGACUUUGAUCGAAUGGUCCCUGUGCUUCGUCGCCUCACUCAUCGUUACAAAACCGUCCAAGCUAUUAUCUUGCAGUUGGAGAACAUUGGGUGUCGUUUCACAAACCCUAAAUCCUUCUUGCUCUUGUUGAGGAUUUAUUGGCGUUCAGGUAUGCAUUCCAUGCUCUUUGAUGCUUAUCACCACAUGGAAGCUUACGGUUUUGUACCUAACACCUUUGCUCGUAAUUUGAUUAUGGAUGUUCUAUUUAGGAUUCGCCAACCCUAUCUCGCUUUGAGGGUUUUCCAACACACUCAUCCACCUAAUUUCUUCACCUUUAACAUUGCCCUUCUUCAUCUCUCCAAGUUAAAUGACGUCACUCAUGUCAAUUAUAUUCUUAGACUUAUGUUGCGGAUGGGCUAUUAUCCCAAUGCCCUCACAUUUCAUAUGCUUCUCAAUGCUUUCUGUAACACCAAUGCUUUACUGGAGGCAUAUCAACUGUUGGGUCUCAUGAUCACUUUGGGGAUCAAAUUCUCCGUCAGUGUUUGGACUAUACUCAUCCAUAAGUACUGUAAAUUGGGUAGACUUGAUGUUGCUACCAAUCUGUUGCACAAUAUGGCUCAAACCGGUUGUUCUCCUAAUGUUGUCACUUAUACCACCUUAAUUAAGGCAUUUAUGGAAUCCAACAUGGUAAAUGAUGCCUUUCAUUUGUUAAAUAUCAUGUUAUCUGCUGGCCAAAUUCCAGAUUUGAUUCUUUGUAAUGUUUUAAUUCAUUGCCUUUCAAAGGUUGGAAGGUACCAGGAUGCAAUUCGAGCUUUUCUCAUUUUGUCAGAACAUAACAUAAAACCUGAUUCCUAUACCUUUAGUUCAUUUUUAUCUACAAUAUGUCUGUCUAGAAUGUUUUAUCUCUUACCCGAACUAGUUCUAGCCUGCAGACAUACAGAUGCUGAUUUAGUGUUCUGUAAUACGCUCUUAAGCUCUUUUCUUAAGGCUGGGCUUCCGUCUCUUGCUGUUGGAUUCUAUAAUCAUAUGAUUGAUGAAGGUUUUGCGCCAGAUAAGUAUAGUUUUGCUGGGUUACUUAGCGGACUUUGUGCUGCGGGAAGAAUUGACGAAGCAGUUAAUGUGUACCGUGGUGUUGUUAUGAGUUAUUGUGAUACUGAUGCUCAUAUCCAUACUGUAAUAACAAGUGAGCUUUUAAAGGCUGGUAAGUAUCAGAAGGCUUCCAGUGUUUUUAGAUUAGCGGUGAUGAAGAAAUAUCCACUUGACAAUGUAGCAUACGCAGUUGGUAUCUGUGCACUUCUUAGAGGCGGAAGAACUCAAGAGGCUUGCACAUUGUAUGACCAGAUGAAGGAUAAUGGUCUGAAACCUAAUGUUCAUACAUGUAAUAUGAUGCUUCUCACUUUUUGUAAAGAAGAAGAUCUUCAAAGGAUGAAGCAGAUGCUACAAGAGAUGAUUGAUUCAAGGAUAGAACUGAGUGACAGAAAUUUCUUUAACCUAUGUAAAUUUCCAUGGAGAUCGGAUACUUAUCUUUCAGCUUUAAACUUGUUGGUUGAGAUGAGAGAUUUGGGGUUAUUAUCUGCCAAGGCGUUGCACUCCUUAAGCUUUGACCGGCAUGUUGAAGGUGUACAAGCAAAAUAUGAACAUUAUGUGGAAGCUAAUACGGAAAGGAACCUAGUUCUCGAUUCAUCCAGCUCUGAAGAUCUGUCUGAUGUACCUGCUUCAGUUUGUUGAGCUCUUAUGUUUUCCAUGUAUCCCACUUCUGCUCUAAGGGUUCAUUCAAUUUCUAUACCAUGAAACUCAGUAAUCGAUCCACCCUGGUUACUCUGAAGAAGGAAGGUCCGUAUUCCAUGCAAGUGCCUGCCUUCUGAUUACUGUAGUGAGUAUGGCCAACAAGUUACUGCUUCCAUGCAGUCAUUGUCUCUUGCCAAUGGUUUACGCACAAGGAAGGCAGCGGGAAAGCAGUUGUAUUGUUUAUGGAUCCAUCAUCUUCAAUGUAUUAUCUUCACACAAGCUUGAAUAAGAUAGUGUGAAAAAGGCUGGGGAAAGAUUGCAUGCUUUGUUACACUGCUCAUAGAUGAUGUUGCAAGGGAUACUUUCAAUAUUACCUUCUUCAUUGACGUUUGAAUCUUCCAGUUAAAACACCUUUGUCAUCUGGUGUGUUAGAAUUGGAAGUUUGAUGGGUGAUGAUGCUGAUCAAUGGAUGAAGCAGCACAAUCUGAAGACUGGAAAUACAGGGUUUGUGAAGGCUUGUUUGUAAUCAGAAUUUUCAAUUUGGUACGUAUGUGCCACCCACCUUGUGAAAAUUCUCAACUUGUGUAGGCUGCAACACCUAUAUAAAAUUUCCGGUAUCUCAGUUCAUUUUCGCCGUCUUUUAGAGUUAGAUCCUCAAGUAUUACCAAAUAGUUCAUGUUUUGUGUUGGAAAUUUUAAAAUGAAAUUGGAACUAGGAAGUGAACCGGAUGAGGGGGUCUGUAACUUCUCUUUCUCUUGGUUACAAUUUUUUCUUUCUCUCUGUCACUUUUUUCACCGGGGGUGAAGACGUUGUAAAUAGAAUAGUUUAGAGUGAGGGAAUUUGUAAUUCUUUUUAUUUAGUUAUAAUAGUGUCUCCGCUGUAUAUCUUAAUCACAGGAUUCCAUCAAAUGUCAUUCGUUUCAUUUUCAUUCAAUAUAAUAUC